AUGGGUAACUCUGAACGGGGUUUGGUACGCAGGGGACAUUAUGAGGAGUCGGAAGAUUCAGAAGAUGACAGUGAAAGCAGUGAGGAUGAGGAGUUCGAGCAGUACCUUGCAGAACUGGCCUCUCGUGAUCGGGAAGAGGCGCUGGUACAGUCAGCAUUGCACCGUAUCGAACGUGCAAAGGCCAGGGGAAGAACAGACGUCGAUCUCAACGACGAGGAGAUGGCGGCGCUGGAGCGACGACGCAAGCGAGACGAAGCCGCGAAAAAGAAGAAGAGCAGCAAGAAGCGCAAGGACUCACGAGUCGCUGUGCCUCUGACCCAGCUCGACCCUUCAUCCCGCAAAAAGAAGGAUUCUGUCUCAAGCCAAUCAAGACAACAAUCACGAUCUAACAGCAAUCUUGUUGAGGACCAAGAUCGUCAUUCGCGCUCUUCCCUGGGCAGCUUUCCACCAACAGCAACAGCAGGUCGGCCACGCUCAGGCACUAGCACUACUACUUCAUCGCAACGACCUCAAAGUCGGGUGAGGGCGCCUUCCACUAGUCGCCAGCCUUCUGAUAGCUCGGCUAUUGUUCGCCGAGGCAGGAACUCAAGCCAAGCCCCCAAUGACCCUUUCCAGUUCCAGGUUCCUGGUACGCAAGCUCCCAGCCCCGCUGGAUCGUGGAGACAAUUCUCGGGAGCCCAGCGAGGCUCUGGAUCCCGAAAGAACUCUCAGCUGAAUGACGGCACAAGUGAGAGUGAUGACAGUGAAGAGGAGUCCGAGGGAAGGGAGGAUUCUAUCGAGACGACUUCUAGCGACGAUAUUGGCAGUGGUGCUCAGAUCGUUGUCGAGGAAUCGUCUCCUGAGCCUACCAAGCCCGAACCUACCAGGAGAAAUCCUACUCGAUCUUCUACUUCAUCCUCAACAUCUAAGAAGAAGCCGGCGACAACAACUUCCAGUGGACGACGGAAGAAAUAA